AUCAAUUACUCAAAUUAAUGGCAACGAGUCUCAGAACUUUCAAAGAACGGCUUCAACUUCUGAUGCCUACCGACGAUGGAGAAUGGCUGAAGGAGAUAAGAGGGAAUCUGGCCAUGGUAGCCACUAUGAUUGCGAGCAUGACCUUCCAAAUCGGUCUGAAUCCGCCCGGUGGAGUUGUCCAAAACAGCGACAACGGAUUCAUCGGGUGUCCAACGCCGACGGGGACAAAUCAAGCAUGUCCCGGACAAUCUGUUUUCGCUAAGUUCUGGCGGUUCUUUUUUUAUACCGCUUUCUUACAUUGCAUCUGGCCACUAAGACCGUUCGUAGACAACAACGUAACCAUGAGGACUAAGAUCACAUAUCUCGUUACCAAUACGUGAUCAUUUACAUCAAAUUGUUUGUACGUGAAAAUAGUAAGUAACAACUUUUAAAUAAUUUGAUAUGAUUGAUUAAAUUAUUAUUUAAUAAUUAUUAUCUAUCUGUUAUAUUUACAUGAAAAUAAAUUUGUA